UGUGGUGACGGGUGUUACUGCUCCUGCAGUGACACAGUGAGUUAUCUUCGUGGUGACGGGUGUUACUCCUCCUGCAGUAACACGGUGAGUUAUCUUCGUGGUGACGGGUGUUACUCCUCCUGCAGUAACACGGUAUCGGGAAGCACAAUGGGUGGUCGAGGCCGUGGUCGAGGCUGUGGUCGAGGCCGUGGUCGAGGCUGUGGUCGAGGCCAAGGCAUGAGCAACAAUCAUUGUAGUGGGAACCCGGCCUUGCUAAACAAUCUGAAUAAUGCAUUGGAAGGAGCAGGGCGCUCACAAGCCUCGAGGGUGUCAGCUGACCACAGGAACCAAAAUAAAAGAGGCAGCCAAUCGAUGAUGAACUUGUAUCAUGGAGAUGAUGAACAGUUUCCAAGAAACAGUCAGAGACAAUCACAUCGAGGACCUAGAAGAGGAAGUCGCCACUGUGAAGUCUUGCAACAACCAGUGCAGAGUCAAAGUUAUGGAAAUCAAAACCAUAGGCAACCCUGGGGCAGAGAUCAAAACAAUCAAGGUCCAUAUCUUCCCUACCAUCCUUCACAUAAUCAGGGUCCAAGUCCUCCCUACAAUCCUUCACACAAUCAGGGCCCAAGUUAUCCUUCACAUAACCAGGGUCCACGUCCUCCCUACCAUCCUUCACACAAUCAGGGCCCAAGUCCUUCCUACCGUCCUUCACAUAACCAGGGUCCAAGUCCUCCCUAUAACCAGGGCCCAAGUCAUCCUUCACAUAAUCAGGGUCAAUAUCCUCCCUACCAUCCUUCACAUAAUCAGGGCCCAAGUCCUCCCUACCAUCCUUCACACAAUCAGGGCCCAAGUCCUCCCUACCAUCCUUCACACAAUCAGGGCCCAAGUCCCCUAUACGAUCAGAGCUCCAGGAAUUCCUGCCUUGCUUCACAGGACUGGCAAUUGGGACCUUCAAAGAAUAAAAAUCAAACACCUUCAGAUGAUCGAAAAGCAAAUUGCCAAGAUUAUCAAGCAUUCCAACAUGGUCACGCUCCUUUUCAUAACCACAGUGGAAAUGACAGAAGGGAACAGUAUAAUCAAACCCCUCCACCCUCAUAUGACGAAUCAGUUAGACAAUAUGAGAGAAUUAACCCAAGUGCUCCUCCUUUAAUGGAUUUAGUCCUAGACUCUGAUCAAUAUUCUGAAAACUUUUUCCCCAAAAAUAAUUUAUUCAGGGAUCAAACAGCAGGAAAUGGGUCUGGCCAGAAGAAGAAUCUGCACAUGCAAGGUAACCCUAAGAAAAGUACACCAUCCAAACUAUGUCCUGAAAAUCUGGCAAAAAUUCUAUCUACCUUUAAUGGACAUCGGAGCACAGCCAAAAGCCUUAGUAAACAAGUUAACAAAAAUGUGGAAGUAGUUAUUCAGUUGGUAGAGGAACAUAAGAAAAUAUUUUCAUGCAAGAAUGUUGAGGAUGAUACAGAAAUUGAACUUCUUCCUCAAGUCAGCUUGUGUUCACAAUACACAUCUCCAAAAGGCUGUGUUAAUCGUGAUGCUUGUCACAAUCUUCAUAUGUGCAAGUUCUAUAUAAUAGGAUUUUGUGAAGCACGUGUUAAUUGUCAGUAUGGUCAUCAGUGGGAUACUGGUCACAACAGUUCUAUACUUUCAGAGUUUUAUUUGAAUUUGAUUGACAAACGUAAGUUAUACAACGUAAUUCAAAAAGUCUGCAAAGCAAGUUUUACCCCUGAAAUAUGUAACUUCUACAAUACAAAGAAAGGAUGCACAAAGAAUGAAGGAUGUAGUCGAUUACAUUUAUGUAAAGAUUAUUUAAAGACUGUCGGAAAUUGUUCAUUUCCUAAGUGUUCAUUUAGUCAUGACUUAUCCACUGCCCAUUGUAAGAGAUUGUUCAAGCGUUAUGGCAUCUCCACAAAUGAGACCAAACGUGACAUUUUGUUAACCCUUUCACAAUCUCUGCACAAAAAGGAUAUUAACUGGACUUCAUCUGUAUCACUGGGAAAAGAAAACACUACACUUUCAGAUGAUAGCAACAGCAAAACUGAUGAUAGUGAUGAAGAGUCUUCCUCAGACAGUGAAAGUGAUUCGGACUGUUCAGAAAAAAGUGAUACACUUAAAAGUAAAGGUCAGAGAAAGUAUAGAAAAGAGAGGCCUGAUGUUGAGGAUAAGAAAACAGAGAGAAAGAAACUUACUGUUAAGUCCACUGAUGUUUGUGGUGAUGUACAAAUACCUGAGAUAUGUGUGUAUGCUCUAGAUGAUAAGUGUCAUAACGCUAUCAAAGGAUGCAGGUAUCUUCAUGCAAAAAGUCUCUUCCAUUGGCAGUUUGAAAAAGGGAGUAAAUGGUACAAUUUCCGCAUAUUUCAGUCUAAAGUAUUAGAAACUGCUUACCAAGAUGUUUCAAAGGAUAAUGUCCAAAUUCCUCCCUUUGAUCCCAUCAAAGGUGGAUCAUAUGCUACAGAACUCUUAAACAUUUUCGGUACUGGGUCAUGGGCAGCCGAUUUCAAGGACAUGUCUUGUAAAGUUUCUUCAGAAUCAAAUAAGCUUAAAAUUCGGAGAAUCUCAACCCGAUCUGCAGGAGAGUCUAAGAGUCCAAAAUCUACUGUAUACAAUUGGUAUUUUCACGACGAACAAGGCAAAUGGAUUCGUUAUGGCCAGGUUGAUAGUCUGAGAAAACUGGAAUUUAUUUGCAGCACCACAAAUGAUGAUAUUGAAAAGCAGUUUUUGUCAGAUCCUUUGUCAUCAAUGGUAAUUAGCACAUGUAAUUCAAAAUUUCAAUAUUGCUUGAACUUUAAAGAAAUGACUCAGACUAACCUUCAAACAAAGAAGAUAAGGGAAAUACGCAGACGUCCAUCCCUAGACACUCGCCAGAAAAAAUCAACACCUGACUCAAAUCAGAAUUGUCUUCCCUCUCACUGGCAAGCAAUGGCAGCAAGUCAGACCCACGUCUUGGUGGCCCUGGAUCCCACUACCACUGAAUACCAGAAAGUUAUGGGCCUCUUGCGACUCACACUUCCCACUGCCAGUGUACAGAAAAUUCAGCGACUACAGAAUCCAUAUUUGUGGCAACAGUUAGAAAAUAAAAAGGAUUUCUUGUCUCGAAGUUAUGAUGAAAACCAAUUGAAUAUGCAGGAGGUGUUUCAUGGAACUGACUCGUCUAAGAUUGACAAAAUAUGUAAAGAAAACAUAGACUGGCGCCAAGGUACAACUACUAACCAAGACUUUGGGAAAGGCAACUAUUUCUCCAAAAAUGCUGCAGUUGCCCGUCGUCAUUGUAGCCCAGAUGCCUAUGGUCAGUACUCACUUAUAUUGGCAGACGUUAUCAUUGGCACUACGGUCAAAGGGUCUCCUACACUCACUCGUCCACCAGUUAACCCCAACACCAAUGCACUCUAUGACACAACUGUGGACAAUAUAAAUGAUCCAACUGUCUUUGUUAAGUAUGACAAGGAAGAGUACUACCCCAAGUAUAUUAUUGAAUUCUUGUAAAUUCUAAAGGUAUAAUACUUUUACUCUGUAUGUUGUUCAUCAUUCAUAUUGUAUACAGAUGAAAGGAUAAGUUGUAGGCUUCCUUAUUCAGUGACUUGUACAGUGCUUCUGUACAAAAAUGCCUCAUAAUUUUUGUCAUUAAUACUGAAGGGGAAUCAUAUAUUCUUACUUACUGUAUACUGCAUACUUACUGCAUAUGCAUGACAGCAGUGGUGGUGUCAUUUGGCAGCAGUAGCCUACACUUACAUUAUGUGGCUGUGAUCACAUCACCUUAUUUGAAUACAGUAUUUGUCACUAUUAGUUUUUUGAUGCACUACUUGCAUUUUAUAUACCUUGAGGAGUGUUUUUUAAUAAGCAGAAUUGUGGUCACAUCAAGCAGAUAACUAUAUUUAACUCUUGUGCAUAUUAUUUUUAAUUUUUUCUUUAGAUGCAAAUAUCUGUGGUCUUGUGGUAGAGGUUUAGUUUAGGCUUGAUGAUAAUAUUUUAGUUGUAUAAAUUCCAAACUAUGUGAUUAUUGUUAUUAAAGUAGGUAGUUGAAUUUUUCAAAAAGCCACUAAUUAUGCUCAGUAUUUUGGGCAUUCCUCAAGAUUGUGUGUUUUUUAAUUAGCUUGUUAGACCUGUCUUUUAUAAUAUACUUGCAUUAGAGGCCUUCCUUGUCUUGCAUGCAUUAGAGACUUGUCUUGUGUUAUCAGUUUGUAUUUAGGAUCUAUCAUUUGUUAAAGUCAUCUUGUUUUAGAGAUCUCUCUUGUAUUAAAGUGUAACAUAUAUGAUUUUGGGUGACAACAUUCAAAGAUUAUGGUGUUUUCUAACGAUUAUUUAACUCCUGCACUGCACAAAGCACCUUACAGUGCUUGACUUGUGGUGUGCAUGACGCCUUUUAGUGUUCGUGGGUAUAUUGUAAGCUUCAAAACGCCCACACACACACAGGGUUCACAUUUGGUUUUUCAGGCCUCCAGUAACCAUCACCCAUCUUGAAAAAAAAAAUCUUGAGUCCCUCGCUUUCCUUCUAGGGUCUUAGUUAAAAGAUGAAGAUCUUGUCUGGCACAUCACCAGCCAAUGUCUGAACAUGCGAAGCAGCCAUACUAGGAACCAUUGAACUUCUAACAACAAUAAAUGAGUGAUUACCAUAUGCUCGAUGAGCAUCCACUCCACAAUAAAUGUGCAAUACAAGAGCAGUUAUCGUAAAUACAAUACUAUUUGUAAAAUUCAAUAAACGUGAAUAUAUUUAUGACUCGGUAGCGAGGCAGUUGCAGGGCAGCUUGCAACUGAGUGAGGAGCUACUCUGUGCAUGGGUUGUUGCCAAUAUAUUAUGUUGCAUCUUGUCUCCUUUCCACAUGUCACCACACCUGCCGCACCGCUCUCUGCGCAGCUCCCCCCCCCCCCACUUCCCUGGGAGGGGGAAGGGGGAACCCCAGACCUCCCACUCUGGCUACCUUGUAUGCUGAGUUGUAGUGGCAGUCAGUGGCAGCACACCACUGGCUCUCCCUCCCUCCCUCACCUCACCUGACUCGCCAACAUUCUCCCACCAUACUGUUUAUGGUUUUAUUCACUAUAUACAGACGUUAUAUAUAAGUAUCUGCAUGUUUUGUUACCAUAGUGAACA